AUGCCAACAAGAAUAAAUUUGAAUUCUGAUUUAUUUUCACCUUUAAAUACUUCAUCAUUAACAAAUAAUAUAUCGAAAAAAUCAAUAUCUUCAUCACCUACUUUAUCAAGAACCACUACUAAUCUUUCCACUAAGACUACCUCAUCGACUACAAAUUUCAAUAAAAUUGAUUUAGAUUUAAUGUUUUCCAAGGCUGAGAUAUUAGUUAUCAAAAAAUUAUGGAAGUCAUUAAAUAUAUGUGAAAACUUCAAUAAGGUUAACUCCAAUUUAGAUUCAAAUGUAAUAAUACACAAAUUUAAUUAUAAUUCCGAAGAAUAUUCAAUUUUUAAAUCAUGUUUGAAUCAUCACAUAUCAGAAUACUACAAAAAUAAAUUUAUAUCUCAAAGAGAUUUAAAAUUUGAUAAUGAAAUAUCUCAAACUUUUCAAAUUGAUACAAUUUUACAAAUUUUAAAUGUUGUCAUAUAUCAUUUAUGUUAUAAAGAUAAUCAACAACCUCAAUCUUUUAUUAUGGAACAACUGAAACUAUUAAAUAGACUUUAUGAUUUAAACUUUAAAAAACUUAAAAUAUUGGGAGAAUGUAUAAUUUUAUCAAUUAUAUAUUUAUCAAAUAAAAAUGUAAAAAAUGAGACCAAUGAAGAUAAUGAGUUAUAUGAUUCUUUUUUCAAAUCACAAUUUGUAUUAUUAAAAUUUCUAAAUAACUUCUUCAAUAUUUUAACAUAUUAUGGUCAAGACAUAAAUAUGAAAUUAUCAAUGGAUUUAUCAACAAUGUCUUUAACAAAAGAUCUUCCAUCAAUUCCAUUAUCUCCAACAAAUCAAAAUGUUUUACCAAAGCAAAAAAAAAGUUCAACUACUUUUUCUAAAGAUGGUAAGAGAUCAGCACAAUCUUCACCAAAAUCUUCAAGCAAAAAUGAAUUAAAUUUAUCAUCAGCUCCGAAUGUAGUAUCUGGGCCAUUACCAUCACCAGAUAGUUUUGUAUUUGAAAAACCAACAAAUACAACUAGAGAUUCAACAUCAAGUAUAAAUUCUAUACCAUCAAAUUACACAGAAGGCUCUUCAGUAUUAUCAUUAAACCAAAUGGAUGAUUAUUCUUAUUUAUCAAAUGAGAUUGAAUCAAUGGCUAUUGAAAAUAAAGAACAAAACACUUCAGAAAUAGAUAUCGAUAAUUAUUCCAUUGAUGAUUUGGAAGAAUCAACUAUAAAUACUAAAAAUUCAGUUUCCACUUAUACUUUUGAGAACGAAAAAGUAAAAACUCCAAAAAGAAGCUCUUAUGAAUACGAGGAAGAAGAUGCAAGUUAUGAUUAUUUAAAUUCAUUCGGAUUAUCAGCUAUAGAUGACGAACCAAUUUACUACAAUUCAAAAUCUAUAAAACCAAAGAAAUCAUUGUCACACAAAAAAUCUAGCAAUUGGGGUAAUAAGUUAAUAAAUAAACUUAACAACAAUAACUUCAAUGGGAAUACAUUACCUUCAACAACUUCAAACAAUACAUUAGCAUCAACAAAAUCUGCAAAGAAAUUAAAUAAGAAAAAAUCAUUAAAUUUGAGUCUUCACAAAUUAAAUACAAAUUCAUCAUUAAUAACAACAAAGUCGAUAACUACAUUACAAUCAUCAAAUAAACAAUCAAUAAAUUCAAUUUCCAAUCAUCAAAAAUUACAUGAACAAUUUGAAGAAAAUGAUGAAGAAAUAACUUUCAAUUCUAAUGAAAAUAACAAAAAUAAUUCUACAAUUACUGAUUCAAAUGAUGAAUCUUGUGUUAUUAUGUAA